AUGCACUAUUUGUUUUUCUUCGUUCUGUUUUUUUCAGUAAAUCUGCUGCUGCCUGUUAUUUAUUGUGAGAAGGGGGAAAUUUUACCAUUCGGUGAGAUCCUCUCCGGCGUCGCAGACAUAGCCAAUGUGAUUACGCCUAUAAAGGAAAGCGCCUCUGGUGAUCCCGUCGCCGCAUCUACCAGCAGAAUCAAUUUGAAAAUAGUUCCAUCCAAAAAGUUGAGCAUCACGAAGAACGAUUUGAUGUUCCUCAUGUCGGAGAUCCGACAGGAAAUUAAGAGACAGAUUAGUAUCCUGGAAGAUGAGCUGGAGGAAAAGGAAAGAAUGAGGAAAAGAUCCUCGUCCCUGUGGACACUUAGCCAUUCGGCUGUUUAUUCCCCUGAAGAAAGUGUUGAUAAUACUCAGAAGAUGGAUAGUCUGGAGGAGGAAGAACGGGAAGAAGUCGAAAACAUGCUGGACUCCCUAAACACGCUGGAGAAGGAAGACCAUAUAACGCCGCAAGGAAGCACAUCAUACAAUGUUCAAAUUGGCGGUGAGAAAGAUGAAGAGGAUGCUCAAAAUGGUGAAGCGAAGGGUAUACGGUUCAGUCAGAAGGCUCUGCGAAAUGGCCCAAUAACAAGAAGAUGA